AUGAAAGAACCUAUGCGCAAGCUGAGAUACAACGUUGCCACCUCGGUGGAUGGCUUUAUUGCGCCCCCAGAUGGGUCUACGGACUGGAUUGUGAUGGACUCGAACAUCGACUUCGACGCGCUGUACGCGCAGUUCGACGCGUUCCUGAUGGGACGCAAGACGUACGAGUGCAUGUUCGCCAUGGGCGAGCAGAAUCCCUUGCGAAAACAACCAAAAGAAAACCUCAUCGUUUUCAGUCGCACGCUGAAAGCGGAAGACCACCCCGCGGUGACAAUUGUGUCAAAGGAUGUCAUCGGGCACGUGGCGGAGUUGAAGAACGGCGAGGGCCGGGACAUUUGGCUAAUGGGCGGGGGCGAGCUAGCGGGCUUGUGCCUGAAGGCCGGCAUGCUAGACGCGGUGGAGGCCGCGAUCAUGCCGGUCAUGUUGGGGAAGGGAACACGGAUGCUCGAGGAGGCAUCGCUGAUGCCCCACGGGGGAUUUAAGUUGGAGAUGGUGGAGAGCAGACAUUUGGACGCGAGCGGGAUCGUUAUGUGCAAGUACAAUGUCAGCAGAGGGAUGGCUUGCUCACUCGGAGAAGCGCUGACAUUCUGCUGA